GAAACUUUCUGCAAUUCUUUUUUUUUUUGCGAGGAAACUUUCUGCAAUUCCAAUUGCAAGUUAAAUCGAAAAUUGCACACGCCUUCACCAAAUUCGGAGCUACAGUCGAUCUCGCACUGGUCGGAUGAACUUCUCAAUGUGCUCCUGACCACCAUGCCUACGUCAGCCUCACCAACGCAGCAUCGCAGCCGAACGGAGGACCUGAUUGGACGGCUUAGCUUCACAAGCCCCGAGGUUCAGCUCAAGGCUCUCCGGGAGCUCAAGAACCAGAUCAUCGGCAACCGAACUAAAAAGAUAUCUUUUCUCAAGCUUGGCGCCGUUCCUGCCGUCGUUUCCGUUCUAUCCUCAUCCAUCUCCGCCCAGGGCGGCGCAGAAAUCAACGAUUCGCGGGUAAUUCAGUCCGCUGCUGCGAUUGGUAGUUUUGCUUGCGGUUUUGAUGCUGGCGUUAAGGCGGUCCUUGAGGCCGGAGCUUUUCCGCUUCUUCUCAGCCUUAUCUCUCACCCUAACGAUAAGGUUGUGGACGCUGGUGCACGUUCCCUCAAGUUGAUUUAUCAGUCAAUUUUUGCUCCGAAGUAUGACUUUACCCAAAAGGAUAAUGUGGAAUUCAUUCUGUUGCUUUUAAACAAUGAGAAUGAAAAUGUUUCUGGACUGGGUGCAAGUAUAAUCUCACACUCUUGCAAGACAUAUGCAGAACAGAAGGCAUUGAGUGAUGCUGGAGUUACAGAUAAGCUUAUUAGCCUUCUUGGAGGCUCUCUAGUUCAAAAGGAUGCUAGUCUUGAGGCACUGGCCACAAUUGUUAAGGAAAAUCCUGAAGUUAUUUUGAAACUAAUGGAACCUCAAAGGGGAAGAGCAUUAAAUAUGGUUAUCGAGCUAACUAAGGAUAAAUAUUCAAGAUCAAAACUGCUUGCUUGCACAUGUUUAAUUUCCAUUAGGAAUACUUCCCCUUCUUAUCUACAAGAUGUACAAAUACAAAGAAAGUUGAUAUUGAUAUUACUGGAUCUUCUUGAGGAUUCUGGUCAAGUUGGAGAUGAAGCUCCUUUUGUUUUAUCUAGUUUAAUUUCAGAAAAUGAGGGUCUACAAAGAUUAGCAUUUGAAGCAAGUGCUAUUGAUAGACUUUGCGAACAUUUCAAAAGGUGUUCGUUACAACCAAGGCGUUCACAGGGAAUUUUGCAUGCAUUGGCUGAUCUCUGUUCAAGGUUAGAAUGCUGCAGGGAUCAGCUCAUAUCUUUAGAGGCUUUCAAGCUUGUCACGGAGGCCCUUAGUUGCAAGACUCCAGAAGUUCGUAUUGCGGCUUGCAUAUGUGUGAAAAACGUUUCUCGUUCGGUCAAGAGCCUGAGUGCAGGUUGGUUUUUGAAGAAAACUGUAACAGCCCCCCUGCUCCAGCUUUUAUUUGAUGAUUGUCACAAUGUUAAGGUUGCUGCUCUUGGUGCCAUUAGCAAUGUUGUAGUUGACUUUGUCUCAAAUAAAUCAGUGUUCAUGCAAUGUGGAGUUAUAAAACAGACUGUUCAACUUUUGAAAUCAAUGGAUUCAACGAUUAGGGUAAAAGCAGUGCGUGUUUUAAGGAAUCUGAUGUUCCUUGUAAACAACAGGUGCAAGGAAGAAAUCCUUUUGGAACUCACACAGCCAACACUAAUAUGUCUCAUUUGUGACCCUGAAGCAUGUGUUCAAGAGCAAGCUUUGGCUCUUGUUCGAAAUCUUGUUUCUGGGACCAUAGAUUGCAUUGACUAUGUCGUCAGUGAGGAUUCUCUUCUGCUUCAUGCUGUGGGAAGGCAACUACAAAGUGCUUCAAAACCUGAAAUCUUGAUUCAGGGCAUGUAUGUGCUGAGCAAUGUUGCAUCUGGAAAUGAAUUCCACAAGGAAGCGGUUAUGCACCAGCUUUUCCCGUCAUCAUCUAAUGACACAACCACGUCAGUGGUCAUUAAGUUUCUGCAGAGCAGUGACAGCCGAGUACGCAUGGCUGCUGUCUGGGCUUUAGUAAACCUUACUCUUCCUAGCUGCACUCCUGGAACAUUUGGUCGUGUUCUAAAACUACAUGAUUCCGGCAUUAUUUCUCAACUAAAGAACAUGGUCAAUGAUCCCUGUCUAGAUGUGAAGCUUAGAGCAAGAACAGUCAUUGGGCAAUCAAUGACUUCUGGUGAUGGUUCAGUAUGAAUAUUAUGCCUGAUAUAUUAUCAAUUAAAUUGUCAUCCCUACAGUCCUAGUGGAGCAUGAUCAUUGGGGUCUUAAAAUUGUUUUGAAGUGCCAUUUCACCUUUAUUUGGACCAUAAGAGCAUGGUCUGUACAUUUACUUUUACAGCAUUUUACAUUUGAAGCUUCAUGAGGAGCGUGCUUGCAGUGUAUGUGAUUUUUGCUGAGCAAAAAUCAUCAUAUUUGGGAUAUAUAUUUCCGUGACUUGCCUGAGGGAUAGCAUUUGUUAGUGUUUUUAACUAUUUACAAUUCUUUGCAUUGUAUACUGUAUUCAACACCUGUCUCCUCUCCCUUCACCCCCAGCAACUCUUCUCAUCUCGUUUUGGCUUUUCAGUUUAUUUUUAUUGGAUGCUGAGACGGGUAGGGGGUGGGUAUGCCCUCAUCCAAGAGGAUCUAAUGGGGAUUAUCUGUAAUUGUAAAAUGUCUUGGGUGAAGAAUGUUCAUACGCUGAAGGGGAUGUGAUAUUCACAUUGACGGUUGUUUAGGAUUAGGAUAUUAUUAAGGCAGAUGUGAUCUAACUGGGAGUCUGGGACCCCGGUCUAUCGGCCACGAAGCAUGUGAUUCCUUCCUAAAUGUCAACCGAGAUUGUGCAACAGUGUAUAUGAGUGAUUACAUUUCAGUUAAAUUUAAAGCAAUUGUAAUGUUGGUUUUUAUGCUGUUAUUGAGGAAUGAUGUUUUUGAUUCAAACUUCAACCAUAUUGAGAGAUCAAGUAAGAGCCAACAUCGAAUGUAGUGCAAAACAUUGCUUUGACUUGUGAUUGUGAAUCAAAGACUCAAAGUACUAAGUCAACGACUCUACAAAACAAGAAGGUUCAACUAUCAGACUUCAAAUUUUAAUGUGUAGUAAUGGUGAGAAGUUUGUUUAAACUCCACAAAAUAUUUGUAAUAUUUUUGAAAAUUUGUUUUUGCUAUUUUUCAUUAUAUCUAAGUAAUCUAACUAGUGACUGUUUCUUUAGAUUUCCAUAUAGGGAUUGUUGGUUCCCGACCUAUUGGACUGGUUCCAGACUUCCAGGUCGUUCAUUUGAGAUCAUGUCUAUGGCGAU